AUGGCUGGUCACAGCCUGACUUGUUGGCCAGUGGCAUUGUCUCUCACGGCCAGUUUCAUGUCAGCCGUGACAGUGCUGGGGACUCCUGCUGAGAUCUACCUCUUUGGAAUUUCUUUUGGUCUUUUUGCUUUUGCCUAUGUCUUUAUGGUGGUGAUCAGUGCUGAAGUGUUCCUACCUGUCUACUACCGGCUGAGGAUCACCAGCACCUAUGAGUACUUGGAGCUUCGAUUCAAUAAACCUAUGCGUCUGCUUGGAACAGUGAUGUUUAUGAUAUUAACGAUAUUGUACACUGGAAUUGUUAUAUAUUCUCCGUCUUUGGCUUUGAAUCAAGUUACUGGAUUUCAGUUGUGGGGGUCUGUUAUUUCAACAGGAAUAGUCUGUACUUUCUAUUGCACACUGGGUGGCCUAAAAGCAGUAGUCUGGACAGAUGUUUUCCAGUUUAUACUGAUGAUAUGUGGGUUUAUAGCAGUGAUUGCUCGGACUAUGGUAAUUAAAGGAGGAUUGGGUCCUAUUCUGGAUGAUGCUCGCCGUGGAGGAAGAUUAAGAGCAUGGGACUUUAAUCCAAGCCCUCUGCAAAGGCAUACUGUGUGGACAGUUAUCGUUGGUGGCAGUUUCACUUGGCUUGGCAUAUAUGGAGUAAAUCAGUCUCAAGUUCAACGAUACCUUGCUUGCAAAUCACAACUUCAUGCAAAACUCUCUCUCUAUAUAAAUCUUGUUGGACUCUGGAUAACUCUUGCUUCUGCAGUGAUGAGUGGGCUCUCACUGUACUCUGUAUACAAGGAUUGUGACCCAUGGACGUCUGGCUUUGUGUCAGCACCAGAUCAGCUUAUGCCAUAUUUGGUGCUGGAGAUUUUGGGUGAUUUUCCAGGAGUUCCAGGACUUUUUGUGGCUGGCACCUUCAGUGGGACAUUAAGUACAGUGUCUUCCAGCAUCAGUGCAUUAGCUGCUGUAACUAUAGAAGAUCUUAUUAAACCUCAUUUCACACUGUCUGAAACAACCUUGUCAUGGAUUUCCAUAGGAAUGAAUCUGUUGUUUGGUGCAGUGUGCCUUGCCAUGGCUGCACUGGCGUCUGUUAUGGGUGCUUUAUUACAGGCUGCACUCAGUAUUUUUGGAAUCCUUGGUGGACCUCUUUUGGGAAUAUUUUCUUUGGGCAUCCUUUUGCCUUUUGCAAAUGCUAAAGGUGCAUUUUCAGGUCUCAUUUGUGGAUUUACUAUUGCAUUGUGGGUUGGAAUUGGGUCUCAGAAGUACCCUCCCUCUCCUCACAGAACAUUGCCAUUAUAUCUUUCAACUGAAGGCUGUACAAAGCCCAACGCUAGUGUGAUUACACCAUUAACUACUAUUGUCCCUCCUUCAACUUCUCCAAGGAGGAUUAAAACAAAAUGUAGAAAGCAGACUUCUGUAUGGCAAAGAGGACUUUCUGGCCAGCUUUGUGUUUUGGAAAGCUAAGUAUGUAAAGCUGUGUGAAAGGGUUCACCCAAGAGUUCAUCCAAUGGAGCAGGUGGUUUCUGAAUAAGGCUGAAGAAGCAAGAGUCUAUAUUCAAUACUAUAAAAGGUACCUUACUUUCAGACGAUGGCAGAGAAGGGAAGAACAUCCCAAGGGGGAAAAAUGCAAAUGAGCACCAUUGAAUGCAAUCGAGUAAAAAGACUAGCAAUGUUUGGUUUUUAUUAAUUGUAAUUAAAAAUGGGAACUCUGUUUUUUUCUUCAAAAAAUCAAUUUUGGAACAGUCGUCAGUUUGAUAACUCAAAUACACGUUUUGUGAAAACUUAAGCC